CAGCACGCGCCUGAAACCCACAUUAGCGGGAAUUUGACGGCAUCGUGUUACCAUGACACAGAGAAAGAGGACGUCCAACACGCAGAGCUCCUCUCAGAGUAAGAGAACCUCGGGUCCCACUGCGACUCAGGAGGAAGACGACGACCAGACGUUCACUCAGCCAAGCACCACGCAGGUCCAGAGAGGGAUGGAGAAGCUCACACCGGCUCAGGUCGACCAGAAGACAGCUGAGGUGGUGCAGUUCUUCUUGGUGAAGGAUCAGAAGAAGAUUCCUGUACGCCGAGCAGAUCUUGUGAAACAUGUGGUGAAGGAGUACAGAAACAUCUACCCUGAGAUCAUGAAGAGAGCAGCACGAAUCUUUGACCAGGUAUUCGGCCUUAAAAUGAUUGAAAUUGACGCCAAAAAUCACAUGUACAUACUCAUCAAUAAGUUGGAGACGGUUGAGGGAGCGUCACCGAUCACUAACCCGACCAACCCAAAGAUGGGUAUGCUGUUUGUCAUCCUGAGUGUUAUCUUCAUGAAAGGAGGCGUUGUUGGAGAAAACGUCAUCUGGAAAACGCUGAAGAACCUCAAAGUCGACGUAGCAGAGAAACACGAGGAGUUUGGCGACGUAAAGAAGGUGGUCACUGACGAGUUUGUGCGUCAAAGGUACCUGGAGUAUGUACGGAUCCCCCACACAGAGCCAAUAGAGCACGAGUUUCAUUGGGGUCAACGUGCCGAGGUGGAGGUUUCCAAAUCAAAGAUCCUGGCGUUCAUGGGGGAGCUCCAUGAGCAGGACCCUCAGAGCUGGAGUCAGCAGUACCAAGAGGCUCACAGCUCCAGCUCCACGCAGCCCAGCACCAGCAGCCAGAGAUAACUUUUAUAGUAUUACCUUUUUUAUUUUAUUUAUUUUAAAUGAUGAAAGACAGAAGCUACAUCUGUGCCACCAUAUUUUUUGUAUGCAGUUUUGCAAGGCCUUGGAGUCCGUUUAAACUUGACAGUCAAAUCAAAUCCUAGUUCUAUUUCAUAUUUUAGUAUGUUCAUAUGUUACCUUUUGUUGAGUUUCAAUUUCAUUUUUAAAUAGGAUCACAUUUAACAUCACACACAAUAUUCAGGUUUCCAUUUUUGCUUUUAUUGCCUGUCCUUUGAAAAGGUAACAGUUAUUUGUUCACGUUCAGAAAAGAAAAGAUUUAGUUUGAUCAAUGAUUGCAUUAUUUUGACUUUUCAUUCAUUUUUCUCACAUACGCUCAUGGCUGUUAGACAACGUGUAACUCUUCGACAUCGCAGCUACAUAUUACAGAGCUCAGGACACACAGGCACAAUUGCACAACAAUGGACGAUACGAGCAGAAAAAGCUGUGACCUUAGAUACAGUUUCACCAAACAAAGCACACGUGUACAGAUUUGACAUUGUGAAUCUGCUACGAACUGAACAUGGGUUUUAAAAAGGGAUAACUUUUAAAUCCUAGAUUUCUGACUAAGACACUUUUCACAUUGUGUUGAAAUAAAUUACAUGCAUUUA